AUGGUGAAUAUAACUGAUCUCUCGGAUUCCGAAUUAAAGACAACUCUUGGACGGUUGUUCGAAGAAAACGACUCUGUUGACGAUAUUUAUGUGAGUUUUGGUGAUUUCGACGAAAAAUUCGGCUAAAAAGCGAUGAGGGAAAGACUUGACCCAAGUUAGGGUAACUUUGGGUCAAGUCUUCCUCUUGGUUGGUUUUGGUGGUAAAUUUAAAAUAAUUCACUUUAAAUUGCAAAAUUGAGUGUUAAACCAAAUUUUAAUACUAUUUUCAAAAUAAUUUUUAUUAAUUUUUGCUAGUUUCCAUUUUUUUAGCAAAUUCUCAAGGAUGAUGUAACAAAUAAGCGAAUAUGGAACACUUUAAUAACCCAUUUAUGUAUGGAAAGGAUCUACAAGCCUCAACCCUUCCAAGAGAAUCGAAUAUCAUUUAGAAUUGCGCAAGUCGUCGACAAGUUUGGUCAAGAAAAAGUGCGUCAAGCCUUUAUGGAGCUCCUAAAAUACGUCAGCGAGAAUUUUAGCGGCUCCUUUGACGAGCUGUACCAAAAAGUCAGCGCUGUGGUGGACUUUGGAUGCUUUAUUGAGUAAGUCAAAGAGUUUGAUGACUUUUAAAGAGGAAAGAACAGAAUGCCAAAUUUCGUGGUGGGACCCAAAAAUGAAGUCGUAUUUUAGAAGGAAAUUAGUCAAAGUGGGUCCGAAAUUGCUUUUCCAGCUUCAGCUAGUAAGGUUUUACCUUAUUUUAGUUUUUAUAAGCUACUUGAACACAAUGCCAAAAUUUCGUGGUGGGAUUCAAAAUUGAAGUCGUAUUUUAGGAAAAAAUUACUUUUAAGUUCAUUAGUCUUGUCUAUCUAGCCCCGUAGGCUUUAUCUUUUGCCUUACUUCCACUAUUAAACGGAUUUAAACACAAUGCCAAAUUUCGUGUUGAGACCUAAAAUUUGGGUCGUAUUUUAGGAAAGUACUGAUUUUACAGUAAUUAGUGUUGUCUAUCAAGCCCUUAGGCUUCAUUUUCUAUCCCAUUUCCACUUUUAAACUCAUUUGAACACAAUGCCAAUUUUCGUGAUGGGACCCAAAAACGAAGUCGUAUUUUAGGAAAAUAUUAAUUUUACAGUAAUUAGUGUUGUCUAUCAAGCCCUUAGGCUUCCUUUUCUAUCCCAAUUCCACUUUUAAAGUUAUUUGAACACAAUGCCAAUUUUCGUGUUGGGACCCAAAAACGAAGUCGUAUUUUAGUCCCGACACCUUCCAAGAAGACGACGUAUCACUUCUGGCUCCAUUUAUUCCCAUUCUCAACAUUGAUGAGUCCACUUCAGGCAAGAUUCGGAGCUCAAUUUGCAAUAUAUUACUUUAGACCCAUUUUCUCAUCGAUUGGCCAUGAAGUUUGCGGCUUUUUUGACCAAACUCUGUUUCAAAGAUGGUCAAAAUAUCCUGAAAAUGGAUUAUGAGGCAGAGAAGACGGAUGAUCUGGUCUCGCAACUCUUUGAAAAUUUGAAAAUGAAGAAAAAAUUGGAAAAAAGUGGCGAAAAUGACGAAAAAUCGGGAUUUUCAGUGAGUUUUUGGCUUGCUGCAUCAAUUUUGGGGCUUAAUUUUUUUAUUUAUGCAAAUUUUUUUUUAUUUUUUCAAAAUUUUUUAACUGUAAUUUUUUGAAUUUUAUUAAAAUUUCAGUUGGAUGCAGAAGAAUUGGAGCUUCUGAAUCAAAAAGAAGGCCCCGAAACCCUCAAGGAUUACUGUAAUUUCUGGACGGAGCGAGAAAACUGGAAGAAAACUUUUAUGGCGCUGAAAUUGUUUCCAAAGUUUGCAAAAAGUAAUCGAAAUGCGAUAAAAGCACAAAGCCAUCAGCUAAUUAAGACGUUGUAUAUCAUCGAAAAUACUAAUCAUAUCAAGGGAUUCAAUGUGAGUUUUGAAUUUCAAGAGAGGGACGUGUUAUAUGAUGAAACAUGUUUCAUCGUAUAAAAUGUAUUUUAAGUUAUUUUAGUCAUAGAAUUGUUGUUAGUGUUCAAGAAUAGGUCUUAUUGGACCAUCUGAUAUUUCUUUUUGAUUAUGCCGAUGUCUUGGAGACGUGUUAUACGAUCAAACAUGUUUCUUCGUAUAAAAUGUCUCCAAGACAUUUUUUUGGUAAAUUUUGUUUUGGAUAUUGAUUAAGAGACCUUCCUUGAUGGCCUAAAAUUAGUUUUUUGUGAUUGCGAUGCGAUGGAGACAUGUUAUACGAUUAAACAUGUUUCGUCGUAUAAAAUGUCCUAUUGCUGAAAUUUUUGGAAAGAAAUGAGAAAAUAUGAAAAGUAGGAUUUUUUUCGAAGGAAUUGACGAAAUUUCGAUGCUAUAUUCGAACUAUAACUUCAUUUUUUGUUUUACGAAAUCGAUUUUUAAGUGUAAAAUACGGACAAGUUAGAUUAUCUAAAUUUUUCAGACCAUGGUGACCGAAAAUCUGGUCCAAGUAAUUUAUUCGGACCUCAGUGCAAUUCCUGAUCUUUUGGCCAAAUUGGACUUUCAAAAAGUUGUCUCCAAAAAAAUUCAGAUCAUACUUGUCCUCAACGAUGUCAUGGACCGUAUUUUACACACUGAUGUAAGUUUUCUCCUUCUUUUUUCUGAUAAUUUUUGAAUUUUACAGGAAAAAAUCCCCGGAAAAAUCGUCAGACCAAAGCAGAAGACGAUAGGAACUGUGGUCCGAAAAAGCAUUACUCUCCAACAACAGAAGACUACAGUAAGACCCACAAUUUGCACGGUCCGAUGGAUUUUGGUCCCAUUUUUUGGGCAAAUCCAAAAGCUGGACCUCGCGAAAAUGGACCCAAAUUUCGCCGCUGCCAUUAUCAAUUUUAUCCAAAAUUCGGUGGAUUGGAGACCUACUGGACUCGUCAAAGUUGUGCAGUAA